AUGAAAUUAUCAUCUUGUGUGGUUAUGGCUCUGGCCAUCUACUGGGCGUCAGCACAAGACAUGGGUUUCGGCGUACGAUUCGCCAUGAAACUCUACGACGAUUGCAAACUUAAACCCGACGGUUUCUCGCCGUGCCUCAAGAAAAAGGCCAUCGUCUUCAUGGACAGAUUGAGCCGCAUGGAGAAGUUAGACUUAGUGGAUGGUUUUACCCUGGUACGCGCUGCAGACGCCAAACAAGAGCCCGCAACCACUGAGGAGCAGUUGGACGUCAGUCUACCUCGUGCUUUGGAGGACAAGGAUACCGCUCUAAGCAACAUGGUUGUAGAUAGAGUCAACAAUUUCAUCAAAUCCAGGUCCCUCGACAUCUCACUGCCUAGAUUAGUAGAAGACAACGAAGAAAGUGAAGAUGAGGAAGAGGGCGUUGAAUACGAGGAAGGCGCUGAAGGUCGCAAGCUGAAGAAGAUCCUGAAGAAAAUGAAGAUGAAGAUGAAGGGGGACAAGAAGGGCGGUAUGAUGGGGGGAGACAUGAUGAUGGGGAUGAUGAUGGGCAAAUUCAUGAGUCUCAUGCCUUUAGCUCUCGGUGGUGUGUGGAUUCUCGCCAAGAAAGCCCUCAUCACCGCCAAAAUCGCUAUUCUCUUAUCCGGUUUGAUGAUCAUAAAAAAACUCAUGCAGUCCAAGCAAGGAGGGGGUGGAGGACACAGCGGGGGUGGAGGACACAGCGGCGGGGGUGGCAGCGGAUGGUCCUCCGGUGGUGGCGGCGGUGGUUACGGUGGCGGUCACAGCAGUGGAGGCGGCGGAUAUGGCGGUAGCUCUCAAUGGCAAUCGGGCGGUAGCGGGGGGUGGGGAAAAAGGGCUUUAAAUGAUGCUCAAAGUUUGGCUUACACCGCCUACAAGCCAUGA